AUGGUGUCCAACAGCAGCUCAGGCUCGAUAGUGGGCCAGCUGUUCGCCCUUACCCCCCUAGCAGACUCUUCUGCCGCUGUCAAGGCCCUCUCCCUUGCCAUCUUGAUCCCCUUGCUGGCAAUCGUCUUCAACGUUGCUUGCCAGCUUCUGCUGCCUAAACCCAAGAACCUGCCUCCUGUCGUGUUCCACUUUGUCCCCGUGAUCGGUAGUGCGAUCUACUACGGUAUUGAUCCGUACAAGUUCUUUUUCGAAUGCCGCGAGAAGUACGGUGAUGUAUUCACUUUCGUCCUUCUCGGGCGUCGAAUUACGGUGGCGCUUGGUCCCAAAGGUAGCAAUCUCGUUUUCAAUGCAAAACAUCAACAGGUUACCGCAGAAGACGCCUACACGCAUCUCACCACACCUGUUUUCGGUAAGCAAGUAGUGUACGAUGUUCCAAAUGCGGUGUUUAUGGAGCAGAAGAAAUUCGUCAAGGUCGGUCUUAGCGUCGAGAACUUCAGGGUUUACGUACCUCAGAUUGUGGAUGAGGUGAAGGAAUACAUCAGGACCGAUCCGAGAUUUGCACCGGUGCAGAAAGGAGCCAAGAGCUUCCGGGUUGAUAUCUUCCAAGCCAUGUCUGAAGUCAUCAUCCUCACUGCAUCCCGAACUCUCCAGGGUAAGGAGGUUAGAGAGGGAUUGGAUAAGAGUUUCGCCCAGUUGUACCACGAUCUGGACUCAGGUUUCACUCCGAUUAACUUUGUCAUUCCCAACCUGCCGCUGCCGUCCAACUUUAAGAGGGAUAAAGCGCAGAAGAAGAUGUCAGAGUAUUAUCAGGAUAUUGUUGCCAAGCGACGUGCCGCUGGUCGCACAGGCGGUGACGGGCCAGAAGAGGAGGAGGGGGAAAAUGAUAUGAUCGCAGCAUUGAUGGAACAGAGAUAUAAGAAUGGAAGGCAAUUGAGCCCCGUAGAGAUUGCUCAUAUGAUGAUCGCACUUUUGAUGGCGGGUCAACAUACGUCUAGUGCCACUGGAUCAUGGGCGUUACUUAGGUUGGCCUCCAGGCCCGAGAUUAUCGAGGAGCUCUACGAGGAGCAGGUCAAGGUGUAUGGCGAUGAAGGCGCUAAGUUGAGGGAAUUGGAUUACGAAACGCAGAAAACUUCGGUUCCGCUACUGGAUGCUGUCGUCAAGGAAACCCUGAGAUUGCACCCUCCUCUGCAUAGUAUUAUGCGAUACGUAAAAGCCGAUCUCGCCGUCCCACCGACUGUCUCUUCCUGCACCUCUAGCAGGAAAGGCUCUGAUGAAGGACUCGUCAUUCCAAAAGGACACUACAUAAUGGCUGCCCCCGGAGUUUCUCAAGUCGAUCCACUCCUCUGGUCCUCCGCCUCCUCCUUCGACCCGCAUCGCUGGCUCGACCUAGCAACCGCAAAGGCUAUGCAGGAUAAUGGUGAAGAACAAGCUGACUUCGGAUUCGGAAUGAUUUCUACAGGUGCCAACUCGCCUUAUCUUCCUUUUGGUGCAGGAAGACACCGGUGUAUCGGAGAACAGUUUGCCUAUCUGCAAAUCGGUGUGAUCCUUGCCACCUUCGUAAGACUGUUCAAAUGGGAGUUGGAGUCCAAAUUCCCUGAUCCAGAUUAUCAAUCAAUGGUUGUACUGCCAGCUAAGGAGGGUAGUAGAAUCAAGUUGACCCUUAGGAAUCCCGAUCAACUCAAGCUCGAUUGA